CGUAUAAAAUGGCCACAUCUGCCUCAGGUUCCUCAGUCCCUUCUAGACCUGCAACAUCAACAGAUCUACUAUGAAGUUUGUGGCUCUCGCUCUAGCUCUUCUGCUGGCUGCAGGUUGCCAGGCACGAUUCCUGCAGGCCGACGCUCCAUCUCAGUAUGAGCACAUCAGAGCUGCAGUGGUGGCCUACCUCGGCCAGGCUAAGGAGACAGCACAAAAAGCUAUUGACCAUCUUGAUGAUGCUGAGUUCAAGGAUUACAAGGCACGUCUGAAUCAGGGCCUGGCCAACAUUGAGAAUGUGCUCAAGUCUGCCUCUCAAUCCCUUGCCCCAGUCCGUGAGGGACUCGGACCCCAGAUUGUUGAGGGCCUUUCUGGUGUUCGUGAGAGGGUUUCCCAUGACCUGGAGGAGCUGCGCAAGGAGCUGGAGCCUAAGCGUGAGGAGCUGCGCCAGGUUGUGAAGAAGCAUCUUGAUGAGUACCGUGCCAAGCUGGAACCUGUGCUGAAGGAGUACACUGAGAAGAACCGCAAGCAGGUUGAUGAAUUCAGGGCCAAGUUUGAGCCUGUGAUCAAGGACCUGCAAGAGAAAAUCAAGGUCAAUGUGGAGGAGACCAAGUCCAAGCUGACCCCCAUUGUGGAAACCCUUCGCAACAAGCUGACCAAGGGCCUUGAGGAGCUGAAGCUCACAUUUGGACCCCAUGCCCAGGAGUACAGGGAGCAGAUUGAAGGUAUCUUUACCGAGCUGCGCCAGAAGUAUGAAACUGGGGAGCUGCAGAAGAAGCUCAAUAAUCUGGGUGAGGAGCUCAGACCCCAGCUGAAGGGUAUCUACGACACCAUUGAGAAGGCUUUCAGAGAAUAAACACUUUUAUCCACUGUUAAUUUGCCUACAGUACAUUAUAAAAGGCUUCCAUCUUUGUUUCCCUACAUCCUGUUAUCCUCAGUUAGGACUGUAGGGCCUGCCAUCACACAGGGUCUCUUCAAGACCACUGCACUUUCUAUUCACCACAUGAGUUCAUGCAGAAACUGGACCUUAACUUUCUGACCUAUAACAUGCCAUUCUGUUGAAUCUACUGUAUCAAGCACAUGCCACAUGCUAGAGUAAACAUUUUUGUGUAACAUUCUUAAAUGCUUUAUUUAACAUUUUGCUGUGCUUCACUGUUGUCAAAAACUGCUGAAAGAAUGGUUCAUUAAAAUAAAA